AUGAUUUGCGGAGAGAACGGGACGCCCACAUCAAAUAGGGCUAAGAAACAAGUGGUCAGAGCAGUGAAGUCAGGAUAUUACCACAAGCAGGUUAUGGAGGUUACAACUGCGGCAGAAGAGCCGAUGAUCACCUUUGGGGCAGAGGAUCUACGUACACUAAUGUACCCGCAUGAUGAUGCGCUGGUCAUCAUGGCGGACAUAGCAGGUUGCAUGGUGCACCGCAUCUUCGUCGACUCAGGUAGCGCCGUGAAUAUUUUAUACAAGGAAUGCCUUCAAAACAUGGGAAUCGAAGUGCAUAUUGAGCCAACGAAUGCCCCUUUGUUUGGGUUUGGGGGAGAGAUGGUCAUGCCACUAGGUUAUGUGGAGCUGCCGUUAAUCCUCGGCAAUGUAGCCACUAGCAGCAGAACAAGAAUGGUGCGAUUUUUAGUCGUGGAUAUGCCCAAACCCGCGUACAAUGUCAUACUCGGACGGCCUGCCUUGACGACGUUCAGGGCGGUGAUCUCUAUGUUUCACUUGAAAAUGAAAUUCCCCAUCGAGGGGGGGGAGAAUAGGAGAAGUUUGUGGGGAUCAAACAGCGUCGAAAGCAUGCCACGUCCAAAUGCUUACGCAUUCAUCGGGACAAAAGAGGGAAAGAAUGACAGAGGAAUCAGAUGCACGGAAGAAGGGAAAGGGAAAGAGGGUUUCCAGACCAAGAUUGGGUCUUCUAUGAGUGAUCAAGUCAGAGACGAGCUCAUUAUUUGCUUGCGCAGAAAUGCGGAUGUGUUCGCGUUCAGCACCGCUGAUUUAAAGGGCAUUGACAGAGGGUUGGCAGAGCACUGCCUUAAUGUGGAUCCUAAAGUUAAGCCAGUAAAGCAACGAACAAGGAAUUUUGGGGCCGAGAAGGACGCUGCGAUAAGGGAGCAGGGAUACCAUCAGGUUAAAAUGAACAUAGGAGAUAUUGCUAAAAUGGCUUUUGUCGUCUGUUGCGGGGUUUAUGGCUGGAAGAGUAUGCCAUUCGGUUUGAAAAAUGCGGGGGCCACAUAUCAGCGGAUGAUGGAGAAAAUUUUCAAGGAACAGCUCUCCAAGAAUAUCUCGGUGUAUGUGGAUGACAUGCUUGUGCGGAGUCUAAGGGCAGAGGACCAUGUCUCUGAUCUCGAGGAAAUCUUCACUGUGGUUAGAAAGCAUCGGCUUAUGUUGAAUCCAGCAAAAUGUACCUUCGGGGUCACAACAGGCAAAUUCUUGGGCUACAAGGUUACCCCUGCAGGGAUCGAGGUUAACGCAGAGAAGGUCAAGGCCAUCAUGGAAAUGACGCCGCCCAGAGGAAUCAAGGAGCCGGUCCCGGGAGAAACGUUGUAUCUGUAUAUAGCGGUGGGGGAGGAUGCAAUUAGCUCUGUGCUUAUCAGAGAGGAGGGAAGUCACCAGAGGCCUAUCUACUUUGUCAGCAGAAUCAUACAAGGGCCCGAGCAAAAUUACACAGAGAUUGAGAAGGCUGCUCUGGCAGUCAUGGUUACGGCGAGAAAGUUGAGGCCUUAUUUCCUUUCACACCGAGUGGUGGUGCGCACGUCUCUACCUUUCAAACAAGUGUUGGGGCGCCCGGAUUUGUCGGGAAGAAUGGUUAAGUGGGCGGUGGAGUUGGGGGAGUAUGAUGUAGAAUACGAGCCAAGAACGGCGAUUAAAGCACAAGCGCUGGCAGACUUCAUACAAGAAACAACCCGUCGUCCCAUGCCAGAGUUCUGGGUCGCCUUUAUGGACGGAUCAGUGACAAAGGAGGGAUGCGGAAUCGGAGUAUACAUCACAUCACCAGGGUAUGGUACAUAUCAGUUUGCAAUCAAAUUCACUUGCCGACUGUCCAACAAUGAAGCGGAGUAUGAAGCUGUGGUCAGAGGGGCACACAUUCUAUCAGAACUCAAGGCCGAAUGUGUCAUCAUCAAGACAGACUCCCAGUUAGUGGCUCAACAAUAUUCAGGGGGUUAUAAUGUCAAAGAAGAACGCAUGAAGGCGUACCACCGCAAGCUCAACGAGAUGAAGGACAAGUUUAUGGAAUUCAAAAUCGAGCAGAUUUCCCGGGAGGAUAAUACGAAAGCAGAUCUACUGGCGCGAAUGGCUAGUGCAGUAGAACAAACCUGGAGCGAUGAAAUUAUUUUACUCUGUGAUACCAGAGAGAUGGGGACUUCACAGGUCUUCUCCGUAGAGAUCAGAGAUGACUGGCGGGCUCCUAUUAUUCUCAAGACAGGGGAACGGUUGAACAAAGAGUCUAACCAGAGGGCCCGAUAUGAAAAUUAUUGCUUGCUUAAUGACCAACUCUACAAGCGAUCCUUUACUCAGCCUUUACUAAAGUGUUUAUCCCCAGAGGAAGCUAACUUUGCUUUAAAUGAGGUUCAUGCAGGUUGCUGUGGUGGUCACAUGGGAUUCCGGGACCUUGUACGCAAAAUCAUUCGGGCAGGGUUCUACUGGCCUAACAUCAAUGAAGACGCCAGAGAGUUCGUCCGCAAGUGCGAGGCUUGCCAGAGACACGCUGGGAGAAUCAACGUGCCAGGGGAGCCUAUGGGCGUUAUGUACGCUGCAUGUCCAUUCGACAAGUGGGGUAUCGACAUAGUCGGGAAGCUACCUACGGCACCAGGGGGCAAGUGCUUUCUGCUAGUAGCAGUGGACUACUUCUUCAAGUGGGUCGAGGCGGAAGCUGUGGGGAAAAUAGAUGAGGUGACUGUGGAGCGCUUCAUUUGGCGGAAUAUAUGCUGCAGAUUUGGCGUGCCCAGGAUCAUCAUCUCUGACAACGGAACCCAGUUCACUGGGCAGAGGAUCGCGGAUUUCUGUGAUCGGAUGGACAUCACUCAAAGAUUCGUCUCGGUAGCUCAUCCGCAAGCGAAUGGCCAAGUGGAGUUGGCCAACAGGACAAUAUGUGAAGGGAUCAAGAAGAGGCUGACUCAGAGCAAAGGCAAAUGGGUGGAGGAGCUGGAUACUGUACUUUGGGCCUACCGCACUAGCCCAAAGACAGCCACGGGUGAAGCACCAUUUACCCUGGUGUAUGGAUCUAAUGCGGUAAUACCAGCGGAGGCAAGAUUGGAAUCAUAUCGGAUAGCAACCUACGACACUGAGCACAAUGCUGAACUUCGCCGAGCAGAGCUAGAUUUGGUGGAAGCACAGAGGGAUGAAGCCCGGGUCAGAGCAGCAAAAUACAAAGGCAUUAUCAAAGCAGGGUAUGACAAGCGAGUCAGAGCGCAGAAAUUAUCAAAGGGAGAUCUGGUUCUCAAGCGGGCGGAUGCACUGAAGGCAGUGGGCAAAUUCGAAGCUAAUUGGGAAGGCAUGUUUAUCAUCACAGAGAUCUUAGGGGGUGGAGCUUAUAUAUUGUCGGAUCCAGACGGCAGAGCUCUUCCUAGACCAUGGAAUAUUAACAAUCUCAAAAAGUUCUAUGUAUAA